AAAAGAAGCAAACUUUCCAAGGAAAUCUCUCACUAUUUCAGAAUUUUGACAUCUUUUUCUUCGGUUCUGUACUUCUGCUCUUCAGAAUCAUGGGUAUACUAGCUCCUUUGAGGAGUUAUCGGAGCUUAUGAAGGGAAAUCUGGGAUUUAGCAGAGAAGGAUGAACUGGGUUUCGGGUUUGGUUCUUCUUUUCUGCUUAUUAUCGCCGUUUCUUCAGCUGCCAUUAGUCUCCGGCAACGCCGAAGGCGACGCCUUGAAUGCUUUGAAGACCAAUUUGGAUGAUCCUAACAAUGUUCUGCAGAGCUGGGAUUCGACCCUUGUUAAUCCCUGCACUUGGUUUCACGUUACAUGUAGUCCAGACAACAGUGUUACUAGAGUUGAUCUGGGAAAUGCGAAUUUGACGGGGCAACUGGUUCCACAGCUUGGUCUGCUUUCAAAUUUGCAGUACUUGGAACUUUACAGCAAUAAUAUAAGUGGAAUAAUUCCUAACGAACUCGGGAACUUAACAAACUUGGUCAGCUUGGAUCUUUACAUGAACCACUUGAGUGGUCCCAUCCCCGACUCCUUGGGCAAGCUUCAGAAACUGCGUUUCCUGAGGCUCAACAACAACACUUUGAAUGGAGGUAUUCCCAUGUCUUUAACGACAGUGUUUACACUUCAAGUCCUUGAUCUCUCAUCUAACCAUUUGCAAGGACAAAUCCCGGUGAAUGGUUCCUUCUCACUUUUCACUCCUAUCAGUUUUCAAAGUAAUCCAGGAUUGCGAGCCCCUCCGGUUUCCCCGCCUCCUCCAUUUUCUCCAACACCCUCUUCUUCUUCUGGAGGGAACAGUGAAACCGGGGCCAUAGCGGGAGGAGUUGCUGCAGGUGCUGCUCUUCUGUUUGCAGGUCCUGCAAUUUUGCUUGCUUGGUGGCGGCGAAGGAAACCGGAAGUCUACUUCUUUGAUGUUCCCGCUGAAGAAGACCCCGAAGUUCAUCUUGGACAGCUCAAGAAAUUCUCCUUGCGCGAACUGCAAAUCGCGACGGACAAUUUCAGCAAUAGCAAUAUCCUUGGAAGAGGUGGAUUUGGUAAGGUUUACAAAGGGCGUUUGGCUGAUGGCUCUUUAGUUGCAGUUAAGCGACUAAAAGAGGAACGCACUCAAGGCGGGGAGAUGCAGUUCCAGACCGAGGUUGAAAUGAUCAGUAUGGCGGUGCAUAGAAACCUUCUCCGUUUACUUGGCUUUUGCAUGACACCAACAGAGCGGUUGCUCGUUUACCCGUACAUGGCAAAUGGAAGCGUCGCAUCACGCUUAAGAGAGCGACGAGACACGGAUACACCACUCGAUUGGGCGAAGAGGAAGUACAUUUCUCUUGGAGCUGCAAGAGGGCUGGCGUAUUUGCACGACCAUUGCGACCCGAAGAUUAUUCAUCGUGAUGUGAAAGCUGCGAAUAUCUUGCUGGACGAGGAGUAUGAGGCCGUGGUGGGCGACUUUGGGCUCGCGAAGCUCAUGGAUUACAAGGACACCCAUGUAACCACCGCUGUUCGGGGUACAAUCGGGCACAUAGCUCCUGAAUAUCUCUCAACGGGUAAAUCUUCAGAGAAAACGGAUGUGUUUGGGUAUGGAGUUAUGCUUCUGGAGAUCAUAACCGGGCAACGGGCCUUUGAUCUUGCCCGCCUUGCCAACGAUGAUGAUGUCAUGUUGCUCGACUGGGUGAAAGGGCUGCUAAAGGACAAGAAAUAUGAGACAUUAGUGGACAUAGAUCUUCAAGGAGACUUUGUUGAAGAGGAAGUGGAGCAGCUAAUCCAGGUAGCUCUUCUUUGCACACAAAACUCUCCAUUGGAGCGCCCAAAGAUGUCUGAAGUUGUAAGGAUGCUAGAUGGCGACGGCCUGGCUGAGAAGUGGGAGGAGUGGCAGAAGGAAGAAACUUUCCGGGCAGAUCUCCUCCACACCCACCACCACAAUCCUAACACCGAAUGGAUCAUCGCCGAUUCCACUUCAAAUAUCCGGCCAGACGAGCUGUCUGGCCCGAGAUGAUGAACCUCCAUCACCAAACAUGCAUUCAUCAUAUUCAACCGAGUUUUUUCCACUUUUGGUCCCACACCCAUAGAACAAUCCCCGCAUUUGGUACUAUUAAUGGACUCUAAUUUCCGGUCAUGAUUACGUUUCAGGUGGUGACUUGUCUUAAAGGGCAAAAUUGUCAUUUUAAUUAUUUUUUCCUAAACUUUUCGAGGAGAAUGACUGGAAAUGACAAUUUUGCUUUUCAAGAUAAGUCAGUUUCUUGAAAUUUGGUCACUGGUGACCAAAAAUUAGGUCAGAUGAACUAAAUGUGAGACAAAAUAUGAAAAAAAUUAAUAGUCGGUGUCCAAAUGUGAACCAGAAGUGGAAAAACUCUAUUCAAGCCAAGAAAUGUAUGUUAUGAGAUUUUCAAAUUUCUGCAGAAUUCAUUACACAGAGUGGCCUUACAUGAUCAA